GGGUGGACACCUGCGAGGAAGGAUCGGGAGGGGACCGGACGCACCUGCGACUCUGCGGCGGCAGCGCCCGAUCCCUCCGGCACCAACCGGCACCGGCACCGGCUCCGGCCAUGGGGCGGCGGGCGGGUUGCUCGGUCCCGCUGUGCCUCCUCUUGCUCCUGCUCCAGAGCGGGCAGCGGCUGUGCCAGCGGGCAGCGUCGUGCCAGCCCGGCUUCGCCGCCGAGACCUUCGCCCUGACGGUGCCGCGGGACAGCGUGGCGGCGGGACGGGCCCUGGGACGGGUGAGCUUUGUGGACUGUGGCGAGUCGCACCGUGCCGCCUUCCUCCCGGAUGACACGCGCUUCAAGGUGAGCAGGGAUGGCAUUGUCUCUGCCACCCGGCCCCUGCAGCUCCAGCAGCGGGAGAUCACCUUCGCUGUGCACACCUGGGACGCUGUGGGCAAGAAGCAUUCAGCCAAGGUGACCCUGCGCCACCGGCGGCACCAGCACCGACCCCACGAGCGGAUGCAGCAGGGCACGGUACCGGACAUGCUGAUCUUCCCGGAGCACGGGCACGGCCUCCGGCGGCAGAAGAGGGACUGGGUCAUCCCCCCCAUCAACUGCCCUGAGAAUGAGCGGGGGCCCUUCCCCAAGCAGCUGGUGCAGAUCAAAUCCAACAAGGACAAGGAGACCAAGGUUUUCUACAGCAUCACGGGGCAGGGAGCGGAUACCAUCCCCGUGGGCGUCUUCAUCAUCGAGCGGCAGACGGGGUGGCUGGAGGUGACAAAACCCCUGGACCGGGAGGAGAAGGACAAAUACGUGCUCUACUCCCACGCCGUGUCGGCCAACGGGCAGCCCGUGGAAGAUCCCAUGGAGAUCAUCAUCACCGUCACUGACCAGAACGACAACCGGCCCGUCUUCACCCAGCAAGUCUUUGUUGGCUACAUUGAGGAGAACGCAAAGCCGGGCACAUCUGUGAUGACCGUGAACGCCACGGAUGCCGACGAUGCGAUCAAUGUGAACAAUGGCAUCAUUGGCUACUCCAUCCUCAGCGAGGAGCCCAAGGGUCCACAGCGGAUGUUCACCAUCAAUGCUGAGAAGGGCAUCAUCAGUGUCAUUGGCACAGGACUGGACCGGGAGACCACUCCCAACUACACGCUGAUCAUCCAGGCUGCAGACCAGGAAGGCACUGGCCUGACCAACACUGCCACCGCCAUCAUCAAAGUCACUGAUGCCAACGACAACCCUCCCGUCUUCGACCCCAGCACGUAUGAGGAGUCAGUGGACGAGAACGAGGUGGGGGUGCUGGUGGCCCGGCUGCAUGUGACAGACCAGGACCUGCCAGGCUCCCCGGCCUGGCGCGCCGUCUACCACAUCCAGAGCGGGGACCCGCAGGGCAACUUCGAGAUCACCACUGACCCCAAAACGAACGAUGGGCUCCUGAAAACUGCCAAGGGCCUGGAUUAUGAGACCCAGAACCGCUACAAGCUGGUGGUGUCAGUGGAGAACGAGGUCCCCUUCACCGUGGCCCUGAAUCCUGCCACAGCCAAUAUCCUGGUGGUGGUCAGGGACGUGAAUGAAGCCCCCAUCUUCAAACCCCCAGUCAAGCAGGUGGAGGUGAUGGAGGAUGUGCCGGUGGGAUACCAGGUCACCUCCUACACAGCCCAGGACCCCGACAAGGACCAGAGACAGAGAAUCACGUAUCGCAUGGGCAGUGACCCCGCGGGGUGGCUGGCCAUUGACCCUGAGAACGGCAUCGUCACAGCAGCCCAGUCACUGGACCGGGAGUCGGCACAUGCCAUCAACAGCACCUACAAGGCCAUCAUCCUGGCCGUGGACAACGGGUCACCAAACUAUGCCACCGGCACGGGGACGCUGCUCCUCCUGCUUCAGGAUGUGAAUGACAACGGGCCCGUGCCAGAGCCCCGGAGCUUCGACAUCUGCAACCGGCAGCCCGAGGAGCAGACGCUGAAGAUCAUCGACAAGGACCUGCCCCCCAACACCCACCCCUUCAAGGCAGAGCUGAUGCACGGCUCUGGCAGCAACUGGACUGCCAGCGUGGCGCAGCCAGACGAGGUGAAGCUGAGCAUGAAGAAGGAGCUGGAGCCGGGCGAGUACAGCAUCUUCCUGAAGCUGAUGGACGCGCAGGGCAAGGAUCAGAUCACGGCGGUGCGAGCCCAGGUGUGCAGCUGCGAGGGGGCAGCCAAGAACUGCGAGCGGCGAGCCUACAUCUCCGGCGGCAUGGGUGUGCCCGCCAUCCUGGGCAUCCUGGGGGGCAUCCUGGCGCUGCUCAUCCUCCUGCUGCUGCUGCUGCUCUUCGCGAGGAGGAGGAAGGUGGUGAAGGAACCACUGCUCCCACCCGAGGAUGACAUGAGGGACAAUGUGUACCACUACGACGAGGAGGGCGGUGGCGAGGAGGACCAGGACUACGACCUGAGCCAGCUGCACCGGGGGCUGGACGCCCGGCCCGAGGUGAUCCGAAACGACGUGGCCCCCCCGCUCAUGGCGGCCCCCCAGUACCGGCCCCGCCCCGCCAACCCCGACGAGAUCGGCAACUUCAUUGACGAGAACCUGAAGGCGGCCGACACGGACCCCACGGCCCCCCCCUACGACUCGCUGCUGGUGUUCGACUACGAGGGCAGCGGCUCGGAGGCCACCUCGCUCAGCUCCCUCAACUCCUCAGCCUCCGACGGCGACCAGGACUACGACUACCUCAACGACUGGGGCGGCCGCUUCCGCAAGCUGGCCGAGCUCUAUGGCGGCGGCGAGGAGGACGAUUAGGCACCCCCGGCCCGCUGCUGCCACCUCAUUUCACCCCUCUGGACUCGUGUCGGUCUCUGUCCGGGGUGGCCAAACCUCCUCCAGCACCCCCUGAACCCUGUGCCCGUGUCU